AUGGAUAUAGACGAGAAAGUGUCCGGCCCGGGCGGGGCCUCCCAGAAGAACUGGUCGCAUCUGCUACACGUGAACAACACUUACGAUGAACUCCCGCUGGAGAUGCGCUUCAACUAUAGCCACAUGGUCUCCAUGACGGUAUACAGUGUGCUGAUGGUGAUAUCAGCGACAGGCAACUUGACGGUUCUUUAUCAACUGGUCCGGAGAAGACGAGCGAAACGCGCCAGCAGAUUGGACAUAUUGCUCAUGCAUUUGGCUGUCGCUGAUCUCAUGGUCACAUUCCUGAUGAUGCCGCUGGAGAUUGCGUGGGCCGGAACGGUGCAGUGGUUCGCAGGAGACCUGAUGUGCCGCGUCAUGAUGUUCACGAGAACCUUCGGACUUUACCUGUCCAGCUUCGUUCUAAUAUGUAUUGCCGUUGAUAGAUACUACGCAAUUUUGAAGCCUCUGAACGUGACUUGGGAAGCGACGGUCCGCCGCGCCAUCAUCGUGGCGUGGGUGUGUGCCGGCCUCGCGAGUCUCCCGCAGAGUUUCAUCUUCCACGUUGAAGAGCAUCCCGAAGUUAAAGGUUACAACCAAUGCGUGUCUUACGGCUCCCUGCCAACGGAGAAGCAUGAAUUCGCUUACUUCCUAGUUAACAUGAUCCUUAUGUACGUGAUCCCACUGGUCUCGACGCUUUAUUGCUCCUGCGCAGCGCUAUUCGAGAUCAUCAGGAGAGCUAAUACUGCUAACGAUAAGAUGCGUCGAAGCGGCAUCGGUCUUCUGGGAAGGGCUCGCGCUCGCACCCUCAAAAUGACGGUCACCAUAGUCCUGGUCUUCUUCACGUGCUGGUCGCCGUACUACUGCUACUGUCUGUGGUAUUGGAUUGACAAGGAAUCUAUAAAGAACUUGGAUCCGGCAUUGCAGAAGGCGAUGUGGCUAUUCUCAUGUACCAAUUCUUGCGCGAACCCCAUCGUUUACGGAGUAUUUAAUAGGAACAGGUGGAAUUGGCGAGCUGGAAAGAACGGGCGAUGCCGCAGCGGCAGCGGGAGGAAAGGUUCGCGUCUCCCGCACGGCGAGUCUACGGAAAUAUCUGCGGCCACCCUCUCGCGAGCGAGGCACUCGAACGGAAGCGAUCACAACGGCCGUCGAGAUUCAUCUUAUGCAAACCAAAACGGACCUCAAAAGCACUGGAACACGAUCAACAAUAACCACGUAACGAACGGUAUGGUUUAAUAAUAGAAUAAAAACUCGUAGUGAAACCGAUUUUAAUGUAUGGUAUGCCUAAUAAAUAUUAUAAGUCGCAAGCUAUUUAUAUGUAGCUAA